AUGUCUCCUCGCAGCGACGAGGACUUUCCCACACCAAAGGCGCGUCUGUUCGACAUCACACCGCAGCCUUCUCCACGGUUUCCUUUCCCGCCCAACUCAAGUUCUUACCCCAAGAUUAAUCGUGCAAGCCGCGCCGACAGCGACUUCGAUUCUCUGUACGAUGUUACAGAUGACGAGGCUGAAGUGCCUCUUCACGCCUCCGCAUCGGUUAAGAAGAUCUCAGGCCCAAACCGUCGAGUACGAUUCCCGUCACUCAUCAUCCCGUCACCUACCGCGUGGCCAACAAUCGAGAAACUGAAGAGCGCCACUUCGGCAGUGCCAAUGACACCAUCUGCACUUCUCACACCCUCGCGUCGUGUCCUUGAGAUGAUCAACUCGCACAACCUUCACCUUCCAGGGCACUCGGCAGCGCCUUCUCUGGAUGGAAGUUUGACAUCAGAAGAGCUUGAUAAGCUGAGCUGUCCAGCAACACCUGAUAUGCGUUCGAGGCGUGAUUCGUUCUCGACUGAGGGAUCUUGGGCACCACCAGUACAGCUUGACUUCCAGGCCAUGCACACCCUGCAGCACCUUGGCGAGUCUGCGGUUGAAGAAGAAGAUGACCAGGAGACUUCAUCAGCGGAGCUGAGGGGUGAGAUGGAGAUGCAGCAGGUUUCGCGCCCUUCCCUAGGUCUGACAAUUCCCUCAAGCCAGUACCAGAACGAGUCGGAGGACGAUAACACCCCGAUCUCUGCUAUCUCCAUACCGUCACCGGGAGGAUUCUUCUCUUCACUUCAAUCUGGCGCUCGCGCCACCUGGAGCAUACCUGCGCGUCAAGAUUCGAUCCCAAACACCUCCACCGCCGAGAAGUUUUACAAUCUCCCAUGGGAGAGCCACAAGACCGAAGUUAUGCCAGCGCUACCCGAUCGCCCUUUGACUCUCAGUGGUGAGACCCUUGAUGGAUUGGACGAGGUGUUGGCCACAGCUCGACCUGCAGUCUUCAGCCCAGUUGAAGAGAACGUUGAAGUCAAGGAGAUCAACCCGAGCAAGUCUGUCUUCUUGUACAACGAAAACUACAAUGCCGAGCUGCAGAAACUGUCUUCAGUCAACCUUGAGAUGACCGGUCGAUGGCUCGAGGAGCAAGAUGAGCUAUCAGCUGCUCUCCGCAUCAUGAGCAAUAUGGACUCCUCGAGCAUAUCCAGCGGUACUCACAGCCGCAGUAACUCAGUCGAUAAGCCUGUUUUGAAGAAGUCGGUCACGUUUGCGGAAGAGCCUGCCCACAUCGAAGGGAAUGACGAAGAGCCAAAAAAGAUCCAGACUUACGUUCAGGGUCUCGAGUACAUCCGUUCCAGCUGCGAGAAGAAGGACACCUUUAUCCACCGUCAGACUCGCGCUGAGGCGAUGCACCUCCAGCGCCGCUGCAACCCGGCUGUCCAUCGCGAUCAGCUUAUGGGUAAGUACGAGCUGAACGAGCCAGAGCGCCCAGCGCCCGCCCGCCCUGUCUCUGAGUUUUACGUCAACGACCCGACUGCCCUUAAGGAGAGGAUCGCUCGUGCUCAGACUGAGCGCCAGGCACUUGACCAGAUGCUGCCCAGCCAAUGGGUCAUGCAGGCACAUAAGCAACUCAACGGUGGAAAGCUGCUCAGUAAGCCCGCUGCGCGGUGUAUUACUCGCGCAUCUUCUCCCCGCAUCCUUGACGUUGGCGGCAUUGCUACCAACGACUGGGCCUGGAAUGUCGCCUAUGACUAUCCCUACGCUGCUGUCGUCACUGUCAACACCGCCGGCAAUAAUGCCUCCGCCAACAUAGUCGGUCCCGACAACCACAAGUACACCAGCGUGCCUAACCUUUGGACCCUUCCCUUUCCCAACGCCCAUUUCGAUGUCAUCUCCGCCCGCACCCUCUACGAGCUCCUGAAAACCAACAAGCCCGCCGGUCGCUCUUCAGACGAGUACGAUCUCUGCCUGAAGGAGCUUCAUCGCUGCCUCAAGCCCGGCGGUAUCCUGGAGUUUUCUCUGCUGGACGCAGAGUUGAUGCACGCCGGCCGCAACGCGCAAGCAAUGGGCGUCGAAUUCGGGUUUAACCUCAAGACUCGCGGGUACGAUGCCCAGGCCAGCAAGACCUUCCUGCCGCGCGUCGCCAAGGCGGGCUUUCGCGAUGUGCAGCGAGCGUGGAUAGUAUUGCCUAUGGGGCAGACGGCGGCGAACUGGAAGGAAGAGCUUAAUGUUUGCGCGAAAGUGGCACAGGAGAAGUGUAUUGGUGAGAGUGGGGAGGUCGAGGUUCAGGAUGUGCCCGCGUUUGGCUCGACACGCGAUGCGGCGAUGUUGACGGGUAUUGUUGGCUCGUGGGCGUGGGAGAGGUGGAUGCUGAGGCUGCAGAUGGAGAUGGGUAAGGAGGAGGAGAAGCUUUUGGAGGGUGUUGUCCAGGUGCUUGAGGAGGGCGCUAGGCAGGGCUGUGCGUGGAGGUCGCUGACUGGAUGGGCCAGGAAUUUCUUCAAAACGCUCGUCGAGCACGAGAUCACCGUCGAACUCAAGAACGAGGUUCAGAUCCGCGGGACACUGAAGAGCGUCGAUCAGUACCUGAACAUCAAGCUCGACAAUGCUGAGGCGGUGGAUGAGGUCAGGUGGCCACAUUUGUGCUCGACAAAGGACAUGUUCAUCCGUGGAUCCGUCAUUCGAUAUGUACACUUGCCCUCGGGCGCCGUCGACACCGCACUCCUCGAGGACGCGACGCGGAGAGAAACCGAGGCGGCGAAGAACAAGGCGAAAUGA